AUGGAAUACAAAAAUCGUCAAAUUAUCAUUCUCUUGAUCUCGCUUAUUUUCAUUAUAAAAUUGACAAUUGGUGACCUAUUAACAACUGAAAACAAUGAUGCAAAGGUUACCGAGAUUUCUCUUGAUGAUUUGCCAGAAUCUGGCGAUAUUUGGGAAAUGUCUCAAGAUCCUGAAUCGGCAAAAUCAGAUACACUCAAAGAACUUGGCGCUGAUAGUGCUUCUACCGUUACACCAGAAAAAUUAGUUGAAGAUUUCCAAAGCGAAAAUAUUGAUAAAGACAGCGGUCAUCAAACCAGUGCCGUAGUUGAAGAAAGUGAUGAUACUUCUGAUGUUGACAUUUCACAAAUCUUUCAACCCAUUUAUAUCAAUAAAAAAUUAUUCUAUUUCGGACCUCGUGUAUUUUAUCCUCAUAGAUAUUUCAUUCCUAAAUACUAUUACAGACAUCGUUUCUACAAAAUUUGUACUAUUCAAUGCAAAUAUGCUGUAAUUCCUUAUUUCAUGUAA